AUGGGCUUGAAAAAUGUCCCCGAAAUCAUUGAAGUAAGAAGAAAUGGUGGUUCUGUACUAGUGAGCUUAACACGUAUUUGGAAUCAGUUUAUUUUGGCAAAAAUUGGUGGGAAAGAGACUAUAUUUUUGCUCAAAAUUCCAAGUUCAAAUAAAAUAGGAUAUAAAUACUCUUUUCUUAAACAACUUUCUCUUUCGAACGAUAGUCAUCUAUAUAAAUACUCGGCUUUGAUCAAAAUAAUAAGAAUAAUAAAAGAAAAUUUAGCUGAUAAUAUAACUACGACUGUUAGAGAUAUAUACUAUCGAGAUGUAGUCUUAUUUCAAAGAAAUCAGAUACAUGCUGCAAAAAUUAUAAACGACCUCGCUUUCUCUUUGGAUGUGACACCUGAAGAUGGGCUACAGAUAGCUCCAGGACAAAAAGGUCUUGUAUAUGGAGCUCUAUCAAUCAAAAAUUCUCACGGGAAUCUAUUUGAUUUUAAUGAGCCUGGAUUAAUCCCCAUUUUGACAACCAGUUAUCUAUCUGAGUUUAAGGUAAUCAGGGGCCAGCCGAAAGCGAUAAUAAUUUUAGAGAAGGAGGCGGUUUUUAAAUCGAUAUGUAAGGAAUUGAAAAAUCAAGAUCAUAAUUUCAUUGUCAUAACAGGUAAAGGCUUCCCUUGUCGAUUAACGAAAAAGUUUAUUGCGCUAUUGGUAUACCAUUUUGCAGAUAUCCCAAUAUUUGCUUUUGUUGACUCAGAUAUUUACGGAAUCCAAAUUUGUGCCAAUUAUUUGGCUUCGAUUCAAAACAAUUAUCAUGAUUCGGGGAUAAAUGAAGAUGAGAAACUCUUGCGCAAGAAAACUUCUCCAGCUUGCUUUACCUACGCUGGUGUAUUUUUGUUAGAGUAUAAAACCGGAUGGCUAGAUAUCACGAGCAGAGACUGGAAAAGGAUGCAAAAUUUUCUAAUUCAGAGUAAGGUAAACUGUCAACUGAAUGGUAAGUUGACAGAGGAUAUUCUUCUUCAAGAAGUCUCAAGAGGAAUGAUAUUCCGUAAGAAGUGUGAGAUGAACUGCAUUUAUGAAAAGUAUUUAGACUAUGUCGUCAAGAAAGUCAACAAGAAUCUACACAGCGAUUACGUCAAAUUGUAA